AUGAAAUCAGAGAGGAUAAGCGGUAUAAUCGAAUCGUCGUCAUCGGAAGUUAAUGAAUCAUCCAACAGUCCGAAAUCCUGCAAUGACAGCAGUUCGCAAAAAAGUACGAGUUUCAUCGCAUCGACGUAUGGCAGCGGUGGCGACCCGAUUUCUGUAGAGACGUUGAAAGUAGUAGACCGGUAUGCCGAGGAAUCGCUCAGGUUUAUUGACGACGGCGAUGGUCUCAAAAUCGAAAAACAGCCGGAAAUAGAAAACAAAAUGUCGAAGCGGUCCAGUGACGAGGAUCGACUGUCGACCGAUCGUCCGAUGGUUGAGAACGAUUCGGGGUCGGGGUUCAAUCGGUACGACGCCAAAGACUCGGGGCAAAGUUUAUGCACCGACGGUGACGGAGACUGCGACGAUAGUUCUUUGAUGAGUUCUUGGCUUCUGGACACUGACGAGAUCAUCACCGAUAGACGAAGUCGUCCGUCGCCGAACAAACGAGUAAAAGUUGUUACCGCGACAGCCGUCAAAGGCCGGAAAAAGAAAAACCCGGCGCUUGGUCGAAAAAAAGCGAUAACUCAGUUGAGGGGGUCGCACUCCACUGAGAAUAGAAACCCGGUGGAAGGACUGUCGUCGUCGUUUCUGCCACCACCACCGCAUCUGACACCUGUCGUCGAUUCCGGUAAAUAUUUCGCAAAUACUUCGGCCGCGUCCAGUAGUCGGGAACAACAGAUCAAAGACACCACGGACUCUGUUCAAAGUUUCUGCACCGACGGUGACAGGGACUGCGACGAUAGUUCACUGGCGAGUUCUUGGCUGCUGGAAACUGAUGAGAUCAUCACCGGUAGACGGUUUACGGCGGUUACUACAGCCGUCAAAGGCCGAAAAAAGAGAAAACCGGCGCUUGGUCGCAAAAAAGCGCUGGCUCGGUUGCGGGGGUUGUACUCCCCUGAGAAUGGAAACUCGGUGGAAGGACUGUCAGAUGACCGCUGGGCGUCACCCAGCCGGCAACAGAGGGCACAACAGAUCAAAGACGCGUACGCGGCCCCGGAAGAAAACAACCGUACGUCGGCGGCUGCUGUGGCCAGGCGGACCACUGGCCGCUGUCACGAGGCGUCGUCUUUAAUUAAUCGCAGAAUGGGUAACAGAGAAAUCACGCGCACAAACAAAAUAAUCGUCGACAAGAUAUUAAAUGUCCGGACGACCAUUCCGAAAACCAAAAAAUAA